AAUAGUUUAAUUUGGAUUUUUUUUUUCUCAUUCUCGUCCAUGGUACUAUCCGUUUUAAUUUAUGUUUAAUUUGUACCGGCUUCGUUGAAAACGUUGAUAGAUACAGAAAUGCGUUACUACUAAAACAAAACAAUUCAAAUAUAAUAUUCUAAAAUAUUUUGGAUGGCUCGGAGAGCGAGUAAGAUACAAUUAAAUACUCUCGAGAGUAAAAUCUCACUACAGCAAGUGCAGUAAAAUUAUUUCCUUACCAAAAAAAAUAGGAUUUGUGAAAUAUCUAUAUGUGAGUCACUUUCUUCUUUUCACAAAACACCGUUUUGUUUAAACCCUGACAAAACCCUCCAAAAGAAUCGGAAUCAGAAAGCACGACGGAGGAGAACAACAAAAAAUGAGCGGCGCGUUGCUUCGAAGUGCCGCCUCCGACGCCGGUCGGCUGUUUCUCCGGCGAAACUCGCCGAGGAACUCGUUUAAACGAGUUGACUCGAUCACAAGGGAUUUUGGGUUUCUGCAUUCGAGGGCUUAUUUCCGUUCGGCUCAGGUUCUGGGAAAACCUAAGUUUGUCGGAGUCUCCGGCUUCUGUUCUUCUUCGAUGGCUUCGACGGCGUCCAUCGCGAAGGUGGGUUUCGUCGGAUGGUAUCUGGGUAUGGUGAAAUCGAGGCCGGUUUUGACGAAGAGCAUCACAUCCUCGCUUAUUUACAUCGCUGCUGACUUGUCUUCUCAGGCAAUUGCACGCGAGUCUUAUGACGUGGAAAGAACAGCACGAAUGGCAGGAUACGGGCUAUUGAUUUUGGGACCUACGCUUCACUACUGGUUCAAUCUCAUGUCAAGAUUGUUUCCCAAACAAGAUUUGAUCACAACGUUUAAGAAAAUGGCCUUGGGUCAGACCAUCUAUGGGCCUUCCAUGACCUUGAUUUUCUUCUCCUUGAAUGCCUUCCUACAGGGUGAAAGCACUUCAGAGAUACUCUCCAGAUUGAAAAGAGACUUGCUCCCUGCAUUACUAAGUGGCAUCAUGUAUUGGCCUAUGUGUGACUUCAUAACAUUCAAAUUCUUCCCCGUCCAUUUACAGCCUCUCGUGAGCAACUCAUUUGCGUAUCUAUGGACAGUAUAUUUGACUUACAUGGCAAGCCGAGAGAAAGCAACUGCUAUUGCGAGCUGAAACACCCGAGUAUCCAUGGAACACUCUUUCAGGACGAUAUACCUCCGUUACAUAGUCUCUUACCAGAACAGGGGACAGUAUAAAAUCACUUUUAAUGCUUAUUCUUCAUGAUAAGGCCAGUGGUUGAAUUGAGUAAUGUUCCCCAACUUGAACUGCAAUUAGCAGAAGCAGCAAAAUCCUUCAAGAUCCCUUUUUUCUUUCUUUCUAUAGGUUUCUAAUGGCAAAUGUAACAGCUUUGAACAACUAUGCAUUUGGAUAUGUAUGCUUCCUUCUAUCAAGCAAUGAGUUCUUUUACUUUUAA